CGAGGGACGCCUGGCUUUGCUAGAGUCAGAGACCUCUUCCUUCUCCCUUGGACAUAAUUGUAGCCUCACUUGAUCUUCCUCACAAAUCAUUUUCUUCUUCUUCUUCUUCCCAUUAACCAAAUGCCCAUUUCUCUCACUCAAACAUAAAACAUCGCAGACACUCAAAUCUUUAGCAGCCAUGGAUGAAGAAUACGACGUCAUCGUCCUCGGAACCGGCCUCAAAGAGUGCAUUCUCAGCGGCCUCCUCUCAGUUGAUGGUCUCAAGGUACUGCAUAUGGAUAGGAACGACUAUUAUGGAGGAGAGUCUACCUCACUCAAUCUCAACCAGCUCUGGAAGCGAUUCAGGGGCGAGGAUAAGCCUCCAGAAACUUUGGGCUCGAGUCGAGAGUACAAUGUUGAUAUGAUCCCCAAGUUCAUGAUGGCCAACGGAGCUUUGGUUCGUGUCCUGAUUCACACUGACGUUACCAAAUAUCUGAAUUUCAAGGCUGUAGAUGGUAGUUUCGUGUAUAACAAAGGGAAGGUCCAUAAAGUGCCAGCUAAUGAUGUGGAAGCACUUAAAUCUCCACUUAUGGGAUUAUUCGAGAAGCGGAGAGCUCGAAAGUUUUUCAUUUAUGUGCAGGACUAUGACGAGAAUGAUCCAAAAUCUCAUGAAGGACUGGACCUCAACAAAGUCACAGCACGAGAGCUUAUUUCGAAGUACGGGCUAGAUGACAAUACUGUCGAUUUCAUUGGGCAUGCACUGGCUCUCCAGCAAGAUGAUAAUUACUUGGCCGAGCCAGCUAUGGAUUUUGUGAAGAGGAUGAAGUUAUAUGCAGAGUCGCUCGCACGCUUUCAAGGAGGAUCUCCUUAUAUUUAUCCCCUGUACGGUCUAGGAGAGCUCCCCCAGGCAUUUGCUCGGUUGAGUGCUGUGUAUGGUGGCACCUACAUGCUCAGCAAGCCAGAAUGCAAGGUAGAGUUUGAAAGCGGGAAGGCCAUUGGUGUGACUUCCGAAGGAGAAACUGCAAAGUGCAAAAAAGUUGUAUGUGAUCCUUCAUAUUUGCCUAACAAGGUGAAAAUAGUAGGGAAAGUUGCCCGUGCAAUAUGUAUUAUGAGUCAUCCAAUCCCAAACACCAAUGAUUCUCACUCGGUCCAGGUUAUUCUACCCCAGAAGCAACUUGGACGUAAAUCUGAUAUGUACUUGUUUUGCUGCUCCUACUCCCACAAUGUAGCUGCGAAAGGGAAAUACAUUGCCUUUGUGUUAACGGAGGCAGAGACCGAUAAUCCUCAGGUGGAACUGAAGCCUGGAACAGAUCUCCUUGGGGCCGUAGAUGAAAUCUUUUUUGACACUUACGACAGAUACGAACCUACUAACCAGGGUGAUGGGGACAAUUGUUUCAUAUCCGCGGUGAGAAUGAAUGAAUUCUUACAUCUUCAUUUGAUUAUUAUCGUAAGCUCAUACAUUUAUACUUCAAUUUGUACUCAUGACAACUCUGGUGUUGGAAUGCAUUGCAGAGUUACGACGCAACGACACACUUUGAGACUACCGUCCAAGAUGUGAUUGCCAUGUACAGCAAGAUAACUGGAAAGGCCCUUGACUUGAGUGUGGAUUUGAGUGCUGCUAGCGCCGCUGAAGAAUGAAAUUUCGGAACAAGAGCAGCUACAACACUCUGUAGUUCGUUUCAUUUCCUCUAUUUUUUUUUUUCAAAUUUCAAGCUUAUUCAUCAUCUGUU